AUGAGUUCCGAACCAAAGAGAAGAAAGCUAAAUUCAUCUAACCAGUCCAAUCCAACGACCACUUUUGGACAUGGUUGUAAAGGCGUGUUUGUGACAUGCGACCGAAACAAAGAAAGCUUGGCUGUAAAAGAGUAUAUUGAUUCUCGAAAAGAUCCCCUUGAAUUACAAAAGGAAGAAACUACCGAUUUGGAUGCUGAAUUAGCAGAGUUGGAGAGAAAAGACAAACCGAGACAGUUUACACGCCUGGAUCUUGGAAUGAAAGGGAUCGCCUUUGUUCAAAUCCUUGAUGAGACCAUUGACCCGGUGGCUGCCAUUCAGUAUAUUUUCCACAAAGCAGUUGAGACAAACAGCAGUCUCUCUCGUUUUGCAGCUCGUGUCAUUCCGAUUCAGCGAACGUGCUACGCGCAUGAGGAGGAAGUGAUCGCUAUGCUUAAGGAGAUGAUCCCCGCGGUUUUCAACGACUCCACAAAGGGUCAAUCGUGGUUCAUGCAGAUCAAGCGUCGGAACAAUAACACAUUCGAUAAAGAGCUUUUGAUUCGCUCCAUCGCGCCGCUCAUCGACGAGAAAUCGAAUCCCGUGGCGCUGCGCGAGGGAGACAUUUGCAUUCACGUGGAUAUCGACAAGGGCGUGUGCGGUGCCGCGAUUAUUCCCGCGAAAGGGCGGGAAAAGACAUUCAGUCUGAGUUUGCGGACGUUGCUUCGAUCGGAAAACGAGCAAAACGAGGCGAAUGAAAGCAGUAAAUUGAAUCAAAACCCGUCCAAAGCGAAGGCGACGGGGAAGGAAGAAAAAGCAGCGGCGUCGAUGAUCGAUCGGCUGGAUGGAGACUGGAAAUGCGGCGCUGUGAGUGAAGGGUGCGGAUUUCAUUGCGUAGUGCAAUGCGCCGAACUUUGCAAAGCAGGAUGUUUGUUGGAAGUGCCAGCAUGA